GCGAAGGCAGUGCAACUCCUAAAACUAAACAGGAAAUUCAAAACGCUGGAGGCUAGACAAACAGAAGCAAGAAGACAAAGGAUGCCAGCAAAAAAUCAGAGAGUCAGGGGGAGGAAAGCUUCCAAGGGGCUGCCACCAAACAGCAAGUGGAAGCAACUGGCCAAGGUAGUUAGCUUUUUCCUCCACCAAGAUGACGUUUCAUCCGUCAUUAAUGGCAAGGCCGGGGAGAUCCGACGCAAAGGACAAAUAUACCGAAAAAAAGCGCUGAGAGACACAAUGGCAAAUCUCCAUCGAAGAUUCUGUGCAGAACACCCUGAAAAAAAUGUGUCCAAAGCUCAGUUCUUCAGAUUGAGGCCAUUUUGGAUAGUUAGGCCUAAAGUUAAGGACAGAGAAACACGUGGUUGCAAAAUGCAGGACAACUUUCGCCUUAAAGUAGUGAGGUUAAAAGAGCUGGGAGUCAUCGAAGCAUCAAGUGUAGAAGAUCUUGUGAAGUCCAGUGUGUGUGACAUUGACAACAUGUCCUGCAUGUAUGGCAGAUGUCAGAAAUGCAACAAAAAGGCUUUUCCCAUGUACUUAGAUCCACUCACACAAGGAAACAUUGUUAUGUGGACAGAAUGGAUUAUAAGAUCGGUCCCUUCAACAAAGUCCCUCAAGGAUGGAGCUACAGAAGAAAUGAAAGAGACAAGAAAAGCCUUCCUUGAAAAGCGUACCUCAUCCAUUGAGCGAUUGUUGGCCCUAACAGCAGAACAUCUUCCAGUUUUCACAAUUCACAUGUUCAACAUUAAGCACCAAUAUCUGAUACUGAAAGCAAUGAAAGACACCCUAACAGAUGACGCUGCUGCUGUACAUGUGGAUUACAGUGAAAAUUACACCUGCAAAUAUGCCAGUGAAAUUAAGGAGACCCAUUUUUUGGGGAACGAGCAGGUAACGAUCCACACUGGGGUACUGUAUCUGAGUAGGGGCAGAGUGGAAGCUUUUGCUUCCCUCUCAAGCUGUCCAUAGCACGAUGCAGUGGCAACAUGGGCUCAUCUUGACCCAGUGCUGAAGAACAUAUGAGAAAAACAUCCUGAAGUUCGCACAAUACAUCUCAUUUCUGAUGGCCCAACUUCCCAGUAUAGGAACAAGAACGCUUUCUACCUGGCCUCCACUGUACCGUUCCUUCAUGGAUUUAAAUGGGUGACCUGGAACUACACUGAGGCAUCGCAUGGCAAAGGUGCACCAGAUGGUGUAGGUGGGACACUGAAGAAUUUGGCAGACAGAAUUGUUGCCUAUGGAACCAGUAUCCCUGAUGCAGAUACUCUGUAUGAACAGCUUCAGAGCAACUCAUCAGUGACUCUGUACAAAAUAUCAGGAGAAAAUUAAGGCUGGCUGUGAAUUGGUUCCCCCAAACCUGAAAUCGGUUCCUGGGACGCUGAAAAUUCAUCAACUGACAUCCACAAAACCAGGAGCAUUUUCCACACGGGAGGUGUCGUGCUUUUGUGGACAAAAUUGUGAGUGCUUUUCACCAAACUACCACGUGCUCUCUGCUACGGAGGAGGGAGGAGUGGAAAACCUUGACAGCGCCGAGGCAAUAGUGGUUGGAUGGUGGGUGCUAGUCGAGUAUUAUGGUGACUUGUAUCCUGGUACAGUCUCACAGAUUGCUCAAGGGCAGUACGAAGUGGAUACAAUGACGUGUGCAGGUGAAAACCGCUUCUACGUCCCAAGUUUCAGAUAUGAGGGGGACAGAGUGUGGUACUACCGCCAGGAUAUGCGGGACGUAAUACCAGAACUACUUCCUGUGACCUCCACACAAAAAAACGCAAAUGAAUGACAUGUAGUGGUAAUGGUUGAAAUUGGUAGAAUUCUCCUUUAAAUUUUUUUUUUUUUUUUUUUUUGACCAACUCUGUCAUGAAUUGAGUUGUUGCUAUUCAAGAUCAUAUGAAAUUAUUCUUGGAAAAAGGUUGAGUGCUUGAUAAAAUGUUGUUCAAAUGCUGAACAAAGAAUAAGUGAUGAUAUGUUACAGCUAAAUGUUCUUAUUGGUUUGUGUCAUUCCUGUUGUUGACAAACAAUAAUAUAGGGUGGUGGAUAGAAUGUCAGGAUCAAAUGUUUUUAGUUAAAAUUUUUAGAUUAAAAUGAUUUUCUGGAACAUAUAAUGUUAUAUUGCUAAUUCUCAGGAACAUAUGAUUUCAUAUUACUGUUGAAUAAAUACUGCUGUUCAGUUAUUGAUGAUCGAUGUUUAAGCUUUCUUAGUGCUUCAGUGUCAUGAUUGUUUAUGAGCUAGUGAUUAUAUUGUAGCCUACACGCUUGUUAAUACAAGACAUGGUUCGGUGAUAUAAAUGAAAGAAAAUAAAUAAAUAAAUCAACAAUUGUUUAUGAAAUAAACAUUGUGUUACAAAUCGUGUGUUUUUUUUAAUGUAUAAAAUAAAGUUGGGCAUGAGAAACCUCUGUCAACAGUGAAUGUCUGGACUUAAUCU